CCGCCCAAAGCGCGCCCAAAAAAACCGAACAUCGAUUUUUAUAGUGCUUGUGUUGUGUGUGUGAGUGUCAGUGUGUGUGUAAAAAAUAUUGGAUGACAAUCAUGCAGGCGUGCUUCAUCGUUGGUCGCAUCUAUGCUUACCAUCAGGCAAGAUAAUGGCCAAACGCUGACCAAUUAGUUACAAAAAAUUAGGUAUUUACUGGCUGAUGAACGGUCAUGAUUUAGGUUGACAACGACGAUAAAUUAAAGACACCAUAGAAGGCUGCCGUGUAUACAGGGUGUUUUGAGCCGUGAAAGUGGGAUUAUGCAUGGACACGUGAACUAGCGAUGUCUGCGGCUUUCCUCUUCGCGGCGCUUGGCGCUUUGGCACUCGUCAGCCGCACAGGGUGCACAGACAACACAAAUGGCCUGAACACAGACGCUGUACAGGAGUUGGACUACACAGAUGUAGACUUAGGAUUGACACAAAGGGGACCUCGUUUCGAUGUGCCACAUUCCAAAAAUGUGACAGCCCUAGUUGGAAAAACUGCACAACUGAACUGCAGGGUCCACGAUCUUGGAAAUAGGACGGUAUCAUGGAUUCGACAUCGUGACAUUCACUUGCUGACGUCAGGCAGAAUGACGUACACCUCAGACCAGAGGUUCAUUAGUGUACACAACCCUCACACUGAGGAUUGGAUACUGAAGAUAAGGUUUCCACAACGUCGCGACUCCGGCAUUUACGAGUGCCAAGUCGGUACAACGCCACCUAUCGGCCACAGGAUGUACCUCUCAGUCGUCGAGCCCCUGACGACAAUCCUGGGUGGUCCGGAGCUGUUCAUCAACACGGGGAGCACCAUCAACCUGACGUGUGUGGUGCAGCACUCGCCGGAGCCACCUCCAGCCAUACGGUGGACUCAUAAUGAUGAGGAGAUCAACUACGACUCACCCCGUGGAGGGGUCUCAGUCAUCACUGAGAAAGGGGAGACGACCACGUCGCACCUUCUGGUACAAAGGGCCAAAGCCCCUGACUCUGGCAGGUACACCUGCGCCCCUGCUAAUGCUAAUCCGAGAUCUGUACUCGUCCAUGUUCUGAGCGGUGAGCACCCAGCUGCCAUGCAGCAUGGUGGCCAGCUUCGUCUCCAGUACCCUCUGUCAGCUGCCCUCCUCAGCGUCAUCGUGACUCUUAUGGGCUGCUAGUAUCAACAGCUCGACAGUUUUGUAUUAUAUACCUUGAGUAAGCGUAAUAUGGAUCAUUUUUACUAAAACUUGAAAGCAAAAGGAGUUUCAAUUCAUACUGACCAUGUAAUUUUUGUAGUGAAUUCGUUUUGUGGUGUUAAUGAUAACAAAUUCAUUGUUAUAACUAAUUAUAGUAAACGGUGAAAGUACUAAAAUUACAAUUAGCUACAUACCAUUCAUUUGGUUUAUGACAUAAUAUAUUCAUAUGAAUUGGCAUUCCCUUUUCUUUCUACUUUUGGAACUUGACAAAGUUCAUCUUAAGUCCUUUAGUCGUCUUCGAAUUCGAGACACUUAGGUAAAUUGAACAUUUUGUAAAAUCAUUACUUCUAGUCAUGACGUUUGUCGUAUCGCAUAAUUAUGUAUGAUAUUAUUGAUUGUAACAAUAUCGUCAUCACCUGUAAUUUCUCAAAGUAAAUUAGUAUUAUGUAAAAACUUACUAGCCAAUUGUUACUUAUCUAGUCUUGGAAGUUUUAUAUCACAGGCAGUGUAAGUGCGUAACUUUUUCCAGCCAUUCCUAAACUUAUAUGAGAAAAUAAAAACGAACUUUAUUUAUUAUUGUUUUACGGUUCUAUUUACGUUUUCGACUUUCUACGCUAAAGAUUUAGUGAAGGACUCACGAGUGAGAGCUUCUGACUGCGUAACAACUAUAAAACAAUAAUAAAUAUGAAUGGGUCUGGAAGUUGUUAUAUUAAAAUAGGGGUUUUAUUGGCCACAAAGAAGAAACAUGGUAGUGAAAUAUAGACUAGAUGCUAUGGAGCGAAAAGAUCGUGAAUCACAGGUAGAUUUUGUAAUCCAUAUUAAUACCUGAAAACCGAAUCGCAGAAGUAAUCAGCCGGAGGUCCACAUUCAAUAAAUAACAGAAUCUAACGGAGAACCCGAUUUCGUAACGGUACAUCACAAUGAUUAAAUUUUCAUAGGUUUCCGAAUUCUUCCAAUAAUCUCUAUGUAUUCUUGUCAGGCUCGCCGAACGAGCUUGUUUCAUAAAUAAUCAAUUGACGAUGUUACCCACGUUAAAAACGUCAAACGCAAAUACAUAUAACAUGAGAGGUAAUUUUCUUUUUGCUAGUUCAAUGAACUGUGUAUUAGUGGUCGGUCAUAUUUGAGGGUCGCGAAUUUUGCGGCUUAGAAGUGAGAAUAAAGGGUAACUUCAAAUAAAAUGUUGUUACGUGGGGUUGCAAAAUUUAGGUACGACAUUACACAUUUUUCGAGUGAUGCCAGGGUUUGAAUUGGUUUCCAUUUUAAGAGUCACUUAAAUUUAACUAAACCGGUGAAUAAGAAGGAGACACCCAAAAGAAUGUUCUAAAAUGUACUUAUCAGAUCGAGAAUAAUAGGUAGGAAAAUCAAGAUUCCCAUUAAAAGUAACUUAAUCUAAUUACACUACAUGAUGUAAGCAAUGACAUGCUACCAUCUCAUCAAAUAUUUUACCAUCAAAACUAUGGCGACCAAAUAUAAUGAAUGUGUGUUCAUUUAUAUUCUGUAUUAAUUAGCUGAAAUGAGGUGUGUUUUUGUCAGUGGUUUAUCAAGUAGGACAUGUAAUUUGCCAAAUUUGUCAUUCUGCCACACAGAAAUUAUGAAGCAUGUUAUAAUUGCGAGGCGGAAUAAUGACCCUUAUUUAGGCAUGUUUUCGUACACGAUUUUGACGAUAGUAAGGAUAUUAUUUUCGUAUCGCUCGUUGUAAUUAUUGGGAGAGUACACGUGUACGGUUUGGUGUUUGGUAUUAUUUACAUUUCCUUAUUAAUUUGAUUAUGGUAACAGACAAUACUCUUUAAUAACUUAGCCGUGUUUGUAAAAAAAACGAAAAGAAAUCUAAAAUAAUACAUCACAUUUUAGAUCUCUUUUUUUAAGACGUUGCCCUUACUAGGAAUUUUACGUUUACUUACAAUUUUCCUGAUCCGGAACAAAAAUCUAUAGUUCACACAAAUAGUUGUUCCGUGCAAACACCGCACCAACUGAGCAGAUUUAAGAGAAAAAUUUCCGAUAUAGCACUUUUCAUUUGAGAGAGUACAAUUAUUGUUUUGUAUGCAAACUCUGUAGGAAAUAGGCAUAAUGUUUUUAAAGUACCAAAACCAUUAAAAACGUCAUAAACCAAUUAACAGAAGUUGUAAGAAAGUACUAAAAACGAACAUAAAAUUGAUUUCCUCUUAAAUUAAAUAUCAAAGAGAGAUCCCGAUUUUCUAAAUUUAGGCUCGGUGAUUAAACUGACGAAAUUGGCGUAAACUCUAUAAUAUUCACGAGGGCGUGAACAUAUUCUGCCUCUCUCCCCUCCUGCUAGUUUAUUUUUGGAAAGCACCUAUCUUCGGCAUGUUUGGAAAAACAUAAAUACGUUAUAACAAUUAUGUUUUUGUAUACAUUUUUCGUUAUUAUGUUACACCAGAGAUUGUGUUUACGGAAUUGGAAUCAUUGGUUAGAUUUUUUAUUUGUCUUUCGUUACAUUACCUACAGCGAUUUCUUUUGCUUAUGAUAAAAAAGGUUUUCUUUAUUAUUUUGUGUUUUAUUGUAUUUUGCAUAAGGAUAUCUGCAGACCUCCAGGCAUAAAUAUCACAUCAAGCUAGGUUACCUCAGAAUUUGUAUAGUUUCUAGUGUCUUACAAAAUAUCAGAAUUAGAUCUUGGUAACGAGUAUUUAUUAAAUCGACAAAUACUAUCUUACUUUGUUCGAACAAAGAAACAAAAUUUCCCACAACGUUUUAUCUUUAAAAUUAACCAGAAAUAGACUUCUCGCUGUUACUAAAUGCGGUGGAAACUUAUUCUUCUUUGCUCAUACCAACAAAAACUUUUUAAUAUUUAACUGACUCACUACUUUUAUAAGUUUCCAGCGUUUUGUUAACUUCUUUUUUUAUUAGUUUAGCUGGCCGUUUAAAGUUUUGUCAUAUCAAAGUUUUAUUACUUUCCCUCACGGCUCAAGCAACAAACAUAUAUUUCGUUUUAUAACUAUCUAUUACAACAUCAUAUUAAUGGCCUGGACAUGACCCUGAAACUACCAUUUUUAAUCACCAUUAACUAACUUUGGUGUAUUAUUUUUAUGGGAAAAGAAUGUCUUUAUGAUCUACAAUAAUAUAGAUAUCCUAUAUUGAAUUAUAGAAAAAAAAAUCGCGUUCAAUAUGACAGACUAUUGUUUCAUUGUCAACGUGAGUGGUUUUCUAAACGAUAAAGGUAUGAGCAUGCCAUCUAAACUUUAGUAAGAUUAUAGUAAACUUCUAAAACACGCCUUGUCAUGCAUAAGCAACCUAACCAACCAUCUCAAAGUACAUGUAAUGGACGUUACAAAGAAAAAGUAUGUAAAAGCAAUUCAACUUGAAAAUUGUCGCAGAGAAAUUAUUUAUUCAAGAGUUUCACUCGAAGACACGUCGUUUUCGAGACAAGUUACUUCAAAGCGUACAUCUUAAUUUAUCACUGAAGGGUGAAACAGGCUUGUAAUAAAUUAUUUGUUAAACAACCCUUGACGUGAACCAAGUACUAAUAGAUUGUUCAUGUUGAUUAAUUUUAAGUUGGCUUUUGAGUCUGUGAACUGAACUUAGAUUCUCAAGUUUACAGCGUGUGUAUAUAAUCUGCAUACUUAAGUUACAAAUUCAGACAUAGUCUAGGCAAUGUAACUCGUUGGAUAACACAUCUAACUCAAUUUUGUAUAUGCGAAGGUCAUAGUUUGAUUUGACCUACAGGCGUCCCCCAAGGACUUUACCUCGGUCUGACAAAUAUUCAUAGACAUUUUGCAACUAUUUCACAAUAUCUCUGAGAAUGUGUGAAAAUGAUUGCGUCUUCAAGAAAAUGAUUGCGAUGUCAGGCAAACAAUAUGAAUUUGCUUGUUCAAUCAACUACGACAUUGAAUGUAUUAUAAUUCUGCCAUGAUUUGUUUGACUUGCUUUGCAAGUCCGAUGUAAAUAUAAAUUGUUACGAAGUAAACGAUGUAAGUCCAUAUUAAUGUAGUUAUUGUAAACUAACGUUUGAUGCAUUAUUUUUAUUUAAUAAGCAACUAGGUACUUUUGUCUAUCAAAUAGAUCCAUUUUUAUUGAAACUAGUAAUUAUGAUUUUAAGACGUAUAGCUGUUAUCAUAAAAACCAUUGUUCGAUGAAGAAUGCUGACAGCCAUUACUUUUGUGAUAGCAUCAUCAAACUCCACGAUUUUGGAAUAAAUCAAAUAGUAAUUACAUUACAAACGUAAUAUCAUAAUCUUUUACAGAUAUUACUAAGAGAAUAAGAAAUUUAAGUGAGUGCUUUUCGCAUAAUUUGAUACCAUAUAAUUCAAUUACAUCGACUUUUGUACGUAUUCAAGAUUUAAUUUGAUUGAUUGAAAUUUCACUCGAAUCAAAGAGAAAUAAUGCAUCAGACUAAUUAAU